UUCCCCUGCCCCCACACACAUACCCUCCUGCACUUGGCACUUUGGGUGCACAUGGGAGAGGAAAACGAUGGGCAGGAUACAGCUUGGCCCUCUCCCACAAACAAAGGGCCAAGCCCUGACAUCCACAGCCCCUCUCCUCUGGCCAUCAUGCCCCCCUGUCCCACCCUGACACCCCUCUGCCCCUCCAGGUCUCAGCACCCUAUGAAGUGCCGCUGGGGCUGCCCACAGAGCCGGGGCGGGCGAAGGCAGCGGCAACGCGAGAGAGCACCGGGGCACUGAAGGCUUGGCUGGCACGACACCCCAGGAACCCCUAUCCCAGCAAGGGGGAGAAGGUGAUGCUGGCUGUGGUCAGCCGGAUGAGCCUCACCCAGGUCUCCACCUGGUUUGCCAAUGCCCGCCGACGCCUCAAGAAGGAGAACAAGGCGAGCUGGGCCACACGCAGCGCCUCAGACAGCGAGGACAGCGAGGGCGAGGGGGUCCCAUCGGGUGCCGUCCCCAUUCCCAGUUCCAGCCCCGCGCAGGAUGGGUGUGAGGGCAGUCCCAAGAUGAGGACAGGCCCUGGGCAGGGCAAGCAGCCCCAGAAACCCAAGAUUUGGAGUGUGGCAGAGAUGCUGGAAUCUCCUUCCAGCAAGAACAGGUGUCCCCCGGGGGUGCCAGUGGUGCUGGAGCAGGUAUAGGGCUGGGACAGGCAUCUCCUGUCCCCAAGGGCAUGGCUUGAGAGACACCCAUGGGACGCAGCAGC